AUGGAACUCUUGCAACGAGCACAAUCACUGCUCCAGGAAUGCAACGACAUCGCAGCCAGCCUCGACCAAUGGAAACAACAAAACCCAACCAUCGAUGUCGACGGACUCCAGGCAAUGACAUCCGUCAUUCUCGCUGAACAAAAGUUCCUCACCAAGGUUGCGUCGACUCCAGCGGAUGAGAUCAAGCCGGCACAGAUGGGCGCGUCAAACGUUCCCUAUCUCAAAUCGCUGGUGGCGGCAUUGGUCAACAGCAAGAACCCUGUCGCGGUCAACAGGACGUUCAAGUAUGUACUGGACCCUUACACCGUCAUCGAGCCAUCGGAAAAAUUCAGGGCCCUCCCAUUAUCAACAACCCCAACAACCCCACAGGGCAAACAUCAUCGGAAACAAGGGCAGUCGUCUUCCAAGGGAUCGACAGGAAAGCUAGGACCAAAUAUCAUGAAGCUCACAACCUCGGAGCCAUUGUCGAAGGAUCUUACGAACGAGGUGACUUUUCAAGUCAAGAUCGAUCUAGUGGCGGACCAUGGGAAGAGCUGGCUUAGGAUCAAUGCUGGCAGUGUCAAGACCCUUGUGCACGAGUACGCUGGUAUGGAGGAUGAUAGUGAUGAUGAAGAGGAAGAGGGCGAGGAGAGCAGUGAGAACGAGGAGAGUCAGGACAAGGACGAUGAUACCGACGACGACGGACAUUAUGGAUCGACCACACAGGGCAACAGCAGCGGCCGUCGCCGUGCGGUCAAGCCUAUCCGUGUGAGCAAGGACACUCAUGCCGACAUGGUUCUGUUGACCCGCAGUCUGGUGCUUGCGGCGGAUCAAAAUCGGCUCCAUUACACGCACCGCCCCCAAGUGACUCUUCAGUUUGCGGGAAUCCUUCCAGAAGAAUCGAUCCCACUGGAGGAGAUGAUCCAAAAGUCGGUCCGCACAGGUAGCGUCGCACAAUCGAUCGAGGACGGGGUUGUGGAGGUAUUUCCUGUCAACGUCCACUUUGGACCCGUCGAUUCGGAUGCGACAACAACCUUGGCAUCAACAACACCCAUGGAUGAAACACUCGCGCCCUUUUCGAUCCCGCAAUCCGUCGAUGAUAUGGUUCUCUUUUCAAAGACGUUGCAUCUCGAUAUCACUACUCUGAUGGCCCUCAGCAGUUUUCUGUGUCACACGAUUCGGCCGGACCCGACCCAUUUUAUAUCACCGCCUCUUGUUCUCCAGGCGCAGCAGGAACACGAUCAACCAUUGUUGCCUCUGUUCGCCAAGAUCUUUGAGGGACGGGAAAGGUUGGUGAUGACCCGAACGGCAGCUACGCGUUUCAAGGCUAUUCUGAGCGUUAUUGGCGGAUCGGAGGAAAAGUGGCGAGGUCGCGUGAUGAUCCAUGACCCUUGUGAGGCAGCACGGUUAACGUCCAGGACUUCUGCAUCAUCAACGGCGGUUCCGGGAGAGGACGGAGAGAUUGGAGGUGAGGAAGAUGAGAUCAGGAUUCGAGAGAGGUGGAUCCGAGGAUCGGAUUGGGCACAGCAGUACGGUUUAUUUGCUAGCGGUCCACCUCGGGUGGAAGUCAUUGAGGAUAUUCUUGACACGGCCUUCAUUGAGACUAUCAAGAUCUCGGAGGCUACAACAGACACAAAAACGACGACAGAGGAGGUCGAAUUGGAAGUCGAAGAGGAAACGGAAGGGGUAUCUCACCCUGGCAGCCCGUCUUGGUCCAUGUCGGCACCACCCACCAUGCCAGGAUCUCCAACAGUAGGAAUGAAGCGGAAGGAUAUCAAUAUGAACGAGCUGCACUCCAAGAUCUUUUUGACGGCGUCGAAUGCUCGAUCGACGAUUUUGACGGCCAAUGCGCUGGGAUAUCGGACGGUGACUAGGACUGGACAGGUGCCGAAUGAGAUGAGUGUGUGGUUCCACGGAGCUCGAUCGUUAGCAGAGGCCAAACUUGUCCGGGACCCGCACCAAUCGACCAAUUGA